UUUUGUUAAAAGUUUUUCGUUACUUUCUAAAAGCUGAACAGAAUACCCUGCUUAAAAUUGAAAAGUAGUUUUGAUUUUCGCAAGCGCAUCGUAGGUAGUUGCCACAUAAUUAUUCAUUGAUCUAGAAUCGGAUAUAACACAAUUUCCUGCCAUUAACGUUGCAAUGUUAUCAUUGAGAUUUUUGUUGCAUUUCAAAAAAGUAAUCGCGAAAAACAGUUUUUCAGCCUUGAAAAACGAACGUAGUAGCAUCCUUUAUAUGAUUCUUUUUGUUGCAUGGAUCUAAUUGUGAGUGCUUGAAUGACUCAUAACGGGCUUUCUUUUGCUGUUUAUUUUUUUUUUUUUGUUGGUGCUACUCGAAUUUUAUAAAUUCUUUUCUUUCCUGCGCUUCGUAACACUCCCAAUUACCUGCCUUCAGUAUUGGCGAUCUUCCCCAAAUAAUAGAAAACCUAACAAAGUAUGGUUUUAAGGUAUGUUUCCGACUGUCAGUCUUCAUUGUUGCCUUCCCACAAACACAUACUACAUAUACACACACAAACGUCUGCGGUGAUAUUGCUACAGAUCAUUGAUCUUAGUCUUCACACAAGAAGGUUAACAAAUGAAAUGUUUGGAAAUAAGUGAAAAAGAAUACAACAAUUAAGUAAUAAAAUAACACCACUAAUGUUAAUGUUAUUUUAAGUGUAAAUUGCCAAUGAAUGUCUAAAGGUAGUUAUGUCAGAACGAAUACAACAAUACUAACAUGCUUGCAAAGUAAAAAAAAGCAAAUCAAAACCAAUCUCAAAAACAACAUGCAAUAAAAAGAUUAAAAAGGCAGGCAACAACAAUAGAAUUGCAAAGAAAGUAAGAAAACAAUACAAUAUCAACACGAUUACCAGGAACAACACAAUUUAAGGGAAAAUAACGUUCAAGUGAGUUUAGUCAACGAAAAACCUGUUUGACGGGUAAAAUGGCCUCGAAGCAUCAUCAUAUUAAAGCGCAGCAUCAACCGCAACCUCAACAACAGACGUUUGGUGAAGGUGAUCCUUUCAACUAUGAGGAGCUCAAUGUCAUUGGAACAGGUGCGUAUGGCACAGUUUACAGAGCGCGAGAUAAUCUUACCGGAAGAAUAGUGGCUAUUAAAAAAGUGCGCAUACCAUUAACCGAUAAUGGAGUGCCAAUGUCAACAUUGCGUGAAAUUGCCCUUCUCAAACAGUUGAAUGCUUCCGAUCAUCCGAAUAUUGUCAAACUUUUUGAGGUUUGUCAGUUUCUGGAACGGGAAGGCCAACUGAUGGUUUUGUUGGUAUUUGAACACUUAGAGCAAGAUCUCUCGGAUUUAAUAGAACGACUGCCUAAAUCUGGAAUGCCGCCCACUACUAUACAACGCCUUUCUCGUGAAUUGCUUACUGGUGUUGAUUUUCUGCAUUCUCAUCGCAUUAUUCACCGUGACUUGAAACCACAAAAUCUUUUAAUAUCUUCGCAGGGUCAUUUAAAAAUAGCCGAUUUUGGUUUGGCAAAAACAUACGAUUUUGAAAUGAAACUAACUUCUGUUGUAGUUACCCUGUGGUAUAGAGCCCCGGAGGUGUUAUUAGCUCAGACAUAUAAUAGCUCAGUGGAUAUAUGGAGUGCAGCGUGUAUAAUAGCUGAGAUGUUUUCGCGUAAAGCAUUGUUUCCUGGCACAUCGGAGGCGAAUCAAUUGGAUCGGAUAUUUGAAUUGACAGGACGUCCCAGUCCACAACAAUGGCCAAAAACAAUUUCACUUUCCCGAGAACAUUUUACAGUCAGACAACCGAAGCAGCCGCGAGACUUGUGCCCAAACCUGUGUGAAUAUUCAAAUGAUCUGCUGGCACAAAUGCUGUCGUAUGAUUUACGUUUACGACCCUCAGCAUUGGCCUGUCUAGAGCAUGAAUAUUUUCAACAAGAACCACUGUAAUAUUUAUACUUUAUUGUUUUGUUUAUUUAUAAAUUAAUUUAAGCUAAAAGAGUUAUAGAAACAAGAACGUAAAAAUUAACUGUUAGAUAUGUCUAUAAACGUGUCUAGUUUAGUAGGUAACAGCUCAAAAACAAAUAACUUAAUACAA